UUUUCAAUACAAAGGUCAGUUUCCCAAAUUGGGAGAUUGAGAUUUUGAUUUUGAGCUGUUCACUACAAAUUAUCCAUUGCGCAUGGAGGUCAGCAUCAGCCAUACUCUCCCUCUCUGACUUCGUCUGUUCAAGCACGUCAUUGCGCCAUCCUUUCCCAUUCCUUGAUCCGAUUGAUUCCUCUUAUCCUCCUCCAAUUCCAAUUCGCUUGUUUCUUUCACUCCUCAAUCUCUAGAUUGACUUUCUGCUUUCAGUUUCGCAUCGAUUGAGGCUGCUUCCUGGUUUCUCAUGGCCGAUAAUUCAUCGCCCUUUGAUCCUGCUCGUAUUCUUGCUCACAAAUUCCCUGAGACAACGUCCACCUAUACUGAGAGAGAUGUCGCGCUCUAUGCCCUGGGUGUUGGAGCAUGUGGUCAGCAAGCCGUGGACGCUGAUGAGCUGAAAUAUGUUUACAAUGAAAAUGGGCAAGAAUACAUUGAGGUUCUGCCAACAUUUUCUGCUUUAUUUAUCAUUGACACUCUGAGCACUGGUCUGAACUUGCCUGGACUGUUGUAUGACCCAAAGCUCUUGCUCCAUGGUCAGCAAUACAUUGAAUUGUACAAGCCACUGUCAUCUAGUGGACAUUUAGAUAAUAAAAUCUCUCUUGCUGGGCUGCAUGACAAAGGAAAAGCAGCUAUUCUUGAGAUUGCGACAAAAAGUUAUGACAAAAAAUCUGGACAUCUAUUAUGCAUGAAUCGGACAACUCUCUUUUUGCGAGGUGCUGGUGGGUUCUCAAGUUCUUCUAACCCUUUCUCCUACACAAACUACCCGAAAGAUGAAGGAUCAGCAGGAAAAAUUCCAAAAACACAGCCUUUUACUGUGUAUGAGGAUUGUACUCGACCAUCUCAGGCACUAUUGUAUAGGUUAUCAGGUGACUAUAAUCCUCUUCAUUCUGAUCCUAUGGUAGCAAAGAUUGCAGGGUUCUCAAAGCCAAUACUUCAUGGAUUGUGUACAUUGGGAUUUGCUGUGCGGGCAGUAAUUAAAUGUGUGUGUAAAGGAGACUCAAGCAAAGUAAAAUGCAUAUUAGGAAAGUUUCUAUUGCAUGUGUACCCAGGUGAAACUUUGGUGACGGAAAUGUGGCUUGAGGGAUCAAGGGUCCUUUAUCAAACAAAGGUGAAGGAGCGAAACCGGGCUGUGCUAUCUGGCUACGUGGAUCUCAAUCAUGUUGCUUCGUCUCUGUAAAUUUAUUAUGAAGGUAUCUUCAUAUAUAUUAUGAUGGAAAUUGAAAAUGUUGACCUCUGGUCAUUCUGCUUUAGGGUAAUUUAUAUAUUAAGAACAGGUGAAAGGAUAAGAAAAAUGUGAGUAAGAUCUCUAGUAAAUCACGACAUUAACCUUAAUUAUUUUGAAAUGUUUUAUUUUUUAUUGGCAGAAUAAAAUUCUUAAACGUAUAUGGGUAAAUGCAGUGAAUGGAAUUAAUAAAUCUGCUGUGAAUUUGUCUCCA